AUGGCUGCCAGAAAUUUCGAAUUCGACAUCGAGGAUAUGAAGUGCGACAAUUGCUUCAAGUAUUUAUCGGUGAAACCGAUAAAAGACUACGAGGACGGCACCGUGAGAUGCGGAAGGUGCAGCCAAGAAGACGACGAGGGGACCAUCAGCAUGCUGAAUUGCUACGACGAGAAACAACUCUUCAAGUGCCACAACCGAUACAGCGGAUGCCGCCAACUGCUCAGCAGCUCUCAGGUGAGAGCACACGAGGAAUCAUGCGUGACAUACACGUAUAAUUGUCCUUACUGUCCUGACACCGUCCUGCCUACGUAUUUGCUGGAGGACCAUUUCAAGAAGUUUCAUAGUUUGCUCGUGUUGAAGAAAUCUACGUUCCAUCCUUCAUGCGACGUGGACAAGCAGGUAUUCUUUUAUAAGCUUAACGAUUUCUACUUUUUUGUUGAGUGUACUAUUGAUGGAAAUUUGGGUCAGUUUAGAGUCGAAAGUUAUGCUUUGGGCGAUCCGAAUAUCACCGUUAAUUUUACAAUUACUUCCGAAGUUUUUGCAAAUCUGGAGGUCUUGGAUGAAUUGCAUGUUCCUAAUAAUAGACAGGCGAUUCACUUAGCAAACAGUGCUGACAGAAACUGGCCGUUUUUAACUGUUAAUUUAACGUAUAAAGUCGACGAUAUUCCUUAUUAUGUCGACGAUGCACUUGCAUUGGAUGCCGAUUUACCGGAAUCCACGGCAACUAUGGACGAGUUUCGCAAUGUAAUGGCUUAUGAGAAUUUUCAAACGAUUUGCACAAGAUUCGGAAUUGACUGGCCUGUUAAAUUUGAUAUAAACGAUUUUCCGCAAAACAUGUUCCUUAGCAGCGAUUUUCUUCAUGUAAUUCGCCUUAAAAAGUGGAUAGGCACAGAAAUUUACCUGCAUUGUUACAAAUGUUUUAUUAAUUCCUGUCACGGGCGCGUACCAGGAGAUUUCGUCAAAAUCAAUUGUACUCUUUUCUUCCUAUGCGAAAUUUGCUGUGAAAUAGAAAGAAAAGAGGGCAAAGUUGUCAAUUACACCGGUUAUAUUAACAUUUUCAAAAAUUUCAAAGCUAAAUACCCCAGGAACUUUGAUUGUGAUGUAAUUUACAAACAGUUGCCUGAUUUUGAAGACUCCCCGGAACCAUAA